UCUUAGGCAUGCAGAGAUUGUAAGUAAUGUUCAGUUUGGCCGGGGAGGCCUGGGGCUUGGCUCAGGCAAACCGGUAUGGAAUAAAGGAGGGAUCGACCUAUAAUCGGCACUGCCGAUAAUAUCAGCCGAUAUUCAGCAUUUUUAUGAUAAUCAGCAUCGGCCGUUUUUUCCACCGAUAGCCGAUAAAAUAUGUUUAUUUUAAUUAAAAUACAUUUAUUUUAAUUAAAAUGCGCUCCUUUGGCUCACAUGCAGCCGUCUCUCUCUGCCUGUCUGCCUGAAGUCUCCACUCUGUGCUGUGUAACAAAUGUCCUACCUACAGCCCCCACUGAUUGGCUACACGGCACAAGUGAGUGACAGCCAAUCAACACUGAAGGUAGCGGCACAGAGAGAGAGGAGGGGAGAGAGGACUGCUCCGUGAAGCAGCAGUGUGAUGUUUGAAGAUGGAUGGAUCAAAGAGGAGGAACCAACCCCAGGAAAGGCAGUGUGUAAUACCUGCAAAGAAAAUGUCAGCAUGGGAGGAGGAACAAGGGCAAAAAUGUUUUAAUACGUCAAACCUGUGGUCCCAUCUUAGGAUCCAUCACAGUGACUUGUAUGCAACUGCACAGUCACAGCUGGGGACAGCAACUUCAUCUCAGGCAGGGACAACAACUUUAUCUCAGCCUAUAGUACAAGAGCUGUUUCAAAAACAAAGAAUGUGGACAAAUUCAGAUCAACGAUCCAAACUGAUUGACAAACUAAUAACAGAAAUGAUAAUCACUGACAACCAGCCAUUCACAGUUGUCUCUGAUGUUGGUUUUAAGCGCCUCAUGGGAGCAGCAGCACCACAAUACUCACUGAAAAGUGAGAAGUACUAUCGCACUGAAAUGCUCCCAGAAGUUCACCAAGAGGUUGUUGAGAAGGUAAAAGCCCUGAUCCAACCAGGGAAUGCUGGCCAUGCACCCUCUUUCACUACAGACUACAGAGCCUCACAUGUCACUUCACUGACAAUGAAUGGAACAGAAAGCAGGUUGUUUUGAACACAAAGGUAAUGCAUGGAUCCGACACGGGGGAAUACAUCAGACAGACAUUCCUGGGCAUGCUUCAGGAUUGGAACAUAAACAAAGACUGUGUCACACUUGUGCUUCGAGACAGCGGAGCAAAUAUGGUGAAAGGAAUGAGGCUCGCUGAACUUCCAGAUCUCAGCUGCACAGCGCACUCUUUGCAACUCGUGGUGAAUGAUGGUCUGUCAAGUCAAAGGGCAGUUACAGAUAUCAUUGCAAUCAUCAAGAAGUGUGCCACCCAUUUCCACCACUCGAUUCUUGCCAAGCAACGUUUGAAAGACAUUCAGAAGGACCUUGGCCUGCCACAACACAACCUAGUCCAGGCUGUUCCAACAAGAUGGAACUCAACGCUCCACAUGCUGCAAAGAGCGCUGGAGCAAAAGUGUGCUCUUAACAUCUACGCUGGUGAGCAUGGAGGAUUUGCAUAUCCUACUGCUUACCAGUGGGACAUUGUGUCCAAUUUGGUCGAGACUCUCAUCCCAAUAGAGGAAGUGACACUAGAGGUAAGCUCUAACAGUGCAUCAGCAUCCUGCAUUAUUCCCUGUCUGGCCGUGCUAGAGAUGCUACUUCAAGAUGGUGGGCCCUUGACACAAGGCAUCGGAACACUCAGGCAAGCCAUGAGGGAGAGCUUGAUCAAAUGCUUCUCAAAAUUAGAAGACAUGAAAUCUGUGGUGCUGGCAUGUCUCCUAGAUCCUCGUUACAAGAAUCAUGUAUUCUCCUCUGACAUUACGUUGUCCAAGGCCAAAGAAUGGCUGAAUGAGGAUGUGGAAAGUGCGGCAAAACAGAGCAGUCAAGAAGAACAUGCUCCUGUAUCCUGUAUUCACCGUAUUGAUGAGAUGUUCAGUUCUCUGCCAGGACCCCACACUGGUGAGCCGUUGGCCAAGGUCUGCCUUGAUGAUGAGUUACAACUGUACCUCAAGGAGCCAGUCAUUGACAGGCGUAAGGAGGAUCCACUCCAGUGGUGGAAACAAAAUGAAGGCCGCUUCAAGCUACUUACCACACAAGCAAGAAAGUUUCUUUGCUCAUCACCCUCUUCUGUUCCGAGCGAGCGUGUCUUCAGUGAAGUCUCUGCAAUUUAUGAGAGGAACAGAAGCCGUCUCACAGGAGACCAUGCUGAGCAGCUCUGCUUUCUGCACCACAAUAUGGUGAUACUGGAUUGGGCCUAUUAACUGAGACUCAAAUUUCAGAACUGUACAGUACAGUUCAAUUUUUACUUUAUUGAUUUUAUACAAAUUCAGGGAGCUAUUUUAUUUAUUUCAGUCAACUUUUAUAAAUACUGCUAGAAGGUUCCUGCACUUUUUGUUUUUAGAUAAUUUAACAUAUUGCUUAAAGGCAUUUCAAGUAAGAUUUGUGUUCGAGUUUAACAGGAAAUGUCUCACAGGAGAGCAUACUGAGCAGCUCUGCUAUCUGCACUACAGUCUGGUGCUACUGGAUUGGGACUAAUAGCUGAGACUCAAAUUUCAGUACUACAGUUCAUUGUUUACUUUAUUGAUUUUAUACAAAUUCAGGGAGCUAUUUUAUUUAUUUCAGUGAACUUUUAUAAAUGCUGCUAGAAGAUCCCUGAACGUUUUGUUUUUAGAUAAUUUAACUUAUUGCAGAGACUCAAAUUUCAGUACUGUGCAGUUCAGUUUUUACUUUGAUCUUAUAAAAAAGCCAUUUCAUUUUCAGUGAACUUUAAGAGAUCUCUGCACUUUUUGUUUUUUAUAUAAUAAAACAACCAA